CGCUACUGCGCAGGGCCAAGGUGCCUUUGGCGCUCGGCCGCGUGGGCAGCGGCGCAGAUUUGUGCGAGCCGAGCGAGCGGCGCGCUUCAGAGAGAGAGAGAGGGAGAGGGAGAGGGAGAGGGAGAGAGGGACGUACGCACGCGGAGACGCCCCAUCGCGGGGCUUGUCGGAUGGAAGCGCAGGGUGUCCUGGACGGGCUCCGGUCCCGCGUGUUGUUGCCUCGCCGCGCGGGGCGGGCUCCGCGUGCCUUCGGCUGGGCUUUGCCCACGGCGGUGCUGUGCGGCUACGGCUUCUUCGCCAGCUUGCGGCCGUCGGAGCCUUUCCUCACGCCUUACCUGUUGGGGCCGGACAAGAACCUCACCGAGACUCAGGUCUUCAAUGAAAUUUAUCCAGUAUGGACUUACUCCUAUUUGGUGCUGCUCUUUCCUGUCUUCCUGGCAACAGACUAUCUCCGCUACAAGCCUGUCAUCCUUCUACAAGGACUAAGCCUUAUAGUGACAUGGUUUAUGCUGCUUUAUGCAGAAGGACUGCUGGCUAUUCAGUUCCUGGAGUUCUUCUAUGGACUGGUGACUGCCACAGAAAUUGCCUAUUAUUCCUACAUCUAUAGCGUUGUGGACCUAACGUUGUAUCAAAAAGUCACAAGCUACUGUCGGAGUGCUACACUUGUGGGUUUUACAGUGGGCUCUGUUUCUGGACAAAUCCUGGUGUCUGUAUUUGACUGGCCUCUGUUCAAUUUGAAUGUGAUCUCUCUCACUGCCGUGUCCGUUGCCUUCGCCAUGGCCUGGUUUCUGCCCAUGCCACAGAAAAGCCUUUUCUUUCACCAUCGCCAGUCAAGCACCCAGGUCAGUAAGGAAACGAAGGUUGUAGAUCCUGCCUUAAAGAGGGUUCCUGGGUGGGAAGAUGUUGAAUCGGAGAUCCCUUUAAAUAGAGAUGAUGAGCAUCCAGCAGUGCAACAGACCAGGCCCUGGUGCCCUCUGGAUGCCUUGGAGAUCUAUUCCCAUCAGUCCCAGUCAGCACAGCAUGAGUUUGGAGCAUUUGGAGGGCGUCAGGAGGAGAGAGUGGACAUUGUGAAAGUAAUCAAAGAGCUCUGGCAGGACUUCCUUCGGUGCUACUCGUCCCGGCCUCUGCUGUGUUGGUCUGUUUGGUGGGCGCUCUCAACAUGUGGUUACUUCCAAGUCAUAAACUAUGCUCAAGGUCUAUGGGAAAAAGUGCUUCCUUCUCAGACCUCUCAGAUCUAUAACGGUGGUGUAGAGGCUGUUUCCACACUGUUGGGAGCUGUGGCUGUGUUUGUUGUGGGCCACAUAAAAACAUCUUGGGCUACCUGGGGCGAGAUAGCCUUAGCCAUGUUUUCCCUCUGCAUUGCUGCCGCCGUGUAUAUCAUGGACAGUGUUCAUAACAUCUGGGUCUGUUAUGCUUCGUACGUAGUAUUCCGAAUUGUUUAUAUGCUGCUCAUCACAAUUGCAACUUUCCAGAUUGCAACAAAUCUAAGUGUAGAGCGCUAUGCUCUUGUUUUUGGCGUUAAUACAUUCAUUGCCCUGGUACUGCAGACUCUGCUCACAUUGAUUGUUGUUGAUGCAAAAGGGCUUGGCCUGGACAUAUUCACACAGUUCAUGAUCUAUGCCGGCUACUUUGCUGCCAUAGCAGUAGUGUUCUUGAUCAGUGGGACAUGCAGUAUUAUCAGGAAAUCCUGGAAGAAGGAGAGGAGAAAUGAAGCAACAACAGAUGGUGCUUAAAAUGAAGAAUAUGGACUUGUUAAGCCCCUGUGUUAGGGAAGGGGGGAUCUAUUUAAAUAUGCUGGUUCCUAUUUAUUAAUGUAUCCAAAUGCUGUUAAUUCAAGACUGUUACCUAAAUUGUCCUUGAUACAUGUUUGUACUAUAUUAGUAGCAUAAAUUAGGAACAGAUUUAUUUACUUAUAUCUUACGUAAGUAAGAAUUUUAUAUGCAACACAUUGGUCUUGGAUAAUGCCUUUAGGUCAAAACUGCAUAACUAGAGAUGGUCAGAAGCAUCCUUGAGAUUUACUGAUUGCUUCCUGAAACAGGCAAGUCCCAUAAAUCAGCCAUUGAAGUGAAGGUGUUGUUGAAACUAGCCCAGUUCAUGCAGUUACAGGGGUCUUGGUAGGCUGGGUUUUGCAGGUAUAGAAGAAAUAUUAAGGCAGUGAGGUAUACCAAAAGUAGUCUUAAGUCAAGUUGGACAUAGCAGAAAGAACUCUCCCAAGGCUGGUAGAUGCGAACUCAUGAAUAUUGAAUAGACUUAUCAUAUACAUGUGCAAACACAUAUCACAAUGUAGUAGGUCAUGUCUUGUCUGCCUUUUGAUAUUUCUAUAGGCUCAGCUUCCUUUGAUUACCCUUGCUCAGCAAGGUUAAAUAGAUGGAUUAUCCUGCCGACCUCAUGUCAGUUAUACAUCUUCAUUCAUAAAUAAUAUAGGGCACAGAGAGCACGUGAUGAAAAUUUGGCUUGGUUUGGCAUCCUUAAAACCUCAGUUACCCCUUGAUUCCCUGUAAGCUUUCUUCAACUCCACAGUAGAUUUUCAUGACAUCUGGGAGAAUGAACUCUCACAACAGUAACGUUAUUUUGCUUAACUCAUUCAGAUAAUUGAAACCUCCUUGAUUAGCAUUUCCCUCUAUUGCUAAUAUGUUUUCCAGUGGUGACCAAAUGCGUUUGACUGGAUGAAAUCUCAUCCUCAAGAAUUUAGAAUCUCUGAUUCUAUUCCUCCAUUGUAGGAUGGAUGUGGAAUGGGAUUACACUGCAAGAGUGUUUACAUGGUUUGUGUUUGUAAACACUAUGGGGAACAGGGAUGCUGCUAAAUUACAUGUUCUAUUUCCUCUUCCCUUCCAUAUCCACUUACUUUGGCCACAGUUACUUCCUGUGGCUUGCAAAAUAAUUGCAAAUGAGAGGGUUGAAUGAAUUAGUAACAAGGAGCAUUUGCCUCAGGAUUGCAGAGUUGUUUCCUGGCAAGCUGCUAAGGAUGUUAGACCAGCCCAAAUAAUGAAGCUGUUGUCUGUGGUACAUACUUUAACAUGAAAAGCAUUUCUAUGUAACUUAAAAGCCAUAAGUAGGUUUUACACCUGAAGACUGCACAUUUUCUUUAGCUGUGUAUACAGACUUUGGGAGGCCAAUGCUAGUUGUGUUUCCUAAUUCAUGUAAAUCAAGCAGACAUGUGGUGUGGUUGUAUGUUCAAGAUAGAAGUACUCUGCAAGGAGGAAAACCAGUGUGUGAAGUAUGAGUCCUGUCCAUUCUAGGUAUCCAGUACUUGUUCAUCUAGUGCUCUCUUUGCCACAUUAAAAUCCAAAUGAGGAAAAUGGAAAGAAAGGAUGGAUAUUACUCCUGAAUUUACAGUACUGAGCCUGGAAAUCAUAUGAGAUUUAGCUUUUAUAUAAUAUGUGAAGCAUACCAUUUUCCCUAACGUUCAGAGAGCUUGAACUUGGAUUUUAAUUUUAAAUGUGUUUUUCAACGGAUUGAAGGUUCAGGAACUAACUCAUCAAAAAUAGCCAAAUAUAUUUGCAGUUGCUUUUGUGGUGAGAUCCACCUGCAGGUCUGGCUUCUAAACCAAUUUCUAGGUACAAAUUGCCAGGACUAAUAUUUCUUAGUAACAAGGCCAUCCAUCCAUCCAUCAUUCCAUCCAUCAUAAGGUAAUUGUAACAGUUUACUCAAGUUGAUGAGGAAAUAGCCAUGUGAAUCCUAGAUUCCUUUAAACAUACACUUGAAAACAUUGAUAACAGGAACAGGUGAGAAUCUACACCCAUUCAGAAGCUUGGGAGAGAAGUGUUGGGUAACCAAAAGAGGAAGCUGGACCUAUAAUCAAGCAGCAAAUUCUUAUUGCCUCUGGACCAAGAUGUGACAUUUCAUGAAUGUAAUUAACAUGCAUUAAUAUAUAUAUAUAUAAAUAAGCACUGAGGUUAGGCCUGAGCAGCUUUGGGACUGGGGGUCUGUGAAGAGGGAGUUUUAACUCUUGCUCCUAUUGCUGGAUUCCUAAUAAAAAUUACUUUUAUUUGCAUUUCAAGGGAAACUUCCCUUGGUGUCAAGGGGAACUUCUGUGGUAUGCAAACAGCAUCUUCUGAGAGGUGUUUUUUGUUGUGACUUACAGGGAGAGAGUUAAACUCUAGGCUUCCCUUCAUCUGCUACUUGCACUGCAAAUGUGAAUGUUAAUGGAAAGCGCACAACUCUAGAUUAGCCUUCUGUGUUCCUUCUGGGAGGAACUGAAAUACGUAACUAGAAGACCUCAUCUCUGGAUAAAUCUGUUAAAUAUAAUGUAGAUGACCAAGAUGUCUUCCUUGCCUAAGAGUUGCCUUGUAGUAAUUUGCAUAACUGGUUAUGCAGCACUAAUCCAGUCUGAUGAAUGUAAGCUUAGAGAUGGCUCCAGGUUCUCUUGCAUUGUUGUAAUGGUAUUGGAAUAGGAAAACACUACUCUAGCCAAGUGGCAAACCUAUUUUUUAAAUCAAAUAAAAUUAUUUUAUGAUAUUCUUUAAA